GCACAAUUCUUAACGAACACUUCCGGCCAGACAAGAUGGCCGCGACCGUGCAAGACUCACGUGCGACUACGGGGAAAAAGCUGAAAAAGUCCCUGAAAAAAAAAAAGAAGAUGAAAAUAGUGGCCAAGGCUGUGGCCUCCGAGUCGGACGACGAGGUCCAAGCGGCUUCGGACAGCGGAGGAUCGGGGGGCAGCUGUGGGCUGUCUGAUGAGGAUGCUGUGGAGGCAGACGAUGAGGAGGGUGCUGAAGUAUGUGACAAAGAAAACGAAACCGCAGCAGACUCAGGAGUUGGGACUGACACAGGUUGGGCGAAUGCCAUGGCUAAGAUCCUUAACAAAAAAACCCCCACGAGUAAACCCACCAUUCUCAUCAAGAACAAAGCACUGGAAAAGGAAAAGGAGAGGCUGAAGCAAGAACGACUGCAGAAAAGAAAGCAGCUGGAUAAGAACCGAGAGUGGGAAAUGAUGUGUAGAGCAAAGCCAGAUGUUGUCCGAGACAAAGACACAGAGCGGAAUCUUCAGAGAAUCGCAACCAGGGGUGUGGUGCAGUUAUUUAAUGCUGUUCAGAAACAUCAAAAGAACGUUGAUGAGAAGGUUAAAGAGGCUGGAGGCUCUGUCAGAAAGCGUGCUAAGUUGGUAUCAAGUGUUUCUAAGAGAGAUUUCAUCAGUGUUCUCAGAGGAAUGGAUGGAACCACAAGUGAGAAAAGUUCACCUGGAAAGAACCCAAAAAACAAACAGACUGAAGUGAAGUCAGCAGAGGACCCCAGCUGGAGCAUCCUUCGGGACGACUUCAUGAUGGGCGCCUCCAUGAAGGACUGGGACAAGGAGAGCGACGGCCCCGACGAGGACAGGCCCGGGCCCGCGCCUGACUCCGAGGCAUGAGGGAGGCGGUGGACACGCGUGCUGUGUCCUCUGCGGUGCAGGAGCCUGCGGGUCCGUGAGCUGGAACUUUACCGAACUUGGGGUUCCCAGUGUUCACGUAAACUUUCUCAAAUUACGGUAUUUUUAACCCUUAGAUAACUGUCCUCCAAACAUUUGUGAAAAGAAUCGUUUCUGCUUGACCUGAAGAUCUUAACUUUGCUGGGGUCGUGGAGUGUUGUCCUUGGCCAGGACAUUGGUAUACUUUUAGGGUCACUGAUUUAUCCGGAAGUGUGGCACCAGUCUUCAUUAAAAUGGCCUUUGGAAGUUAAUGUUUCUCUGCCUUCCAGCUCCUAGAUGUGUAUGUCUGCAGUUUGUUGGAAUGAUUGGUAUCAUUCUUUUGGUUUAGUAAACUGUUGAGAAAACCUAUAAAGUUUUAAAUUAUCGUAUUUCUGAUUUGGGGUGUUGAUUUUAAUUUUUGAUUAGCUGUAUGCCUGUUAGGAUAUUACUUCCUUUUCUGUACUGAACCUAGCAAUGUAAUGAUUAAUAGUGUUAAGUGUUAGGUUAUUUUUACAUGGGAGAAUUGGGAUUUUAGACUGUUUUGCCUUGAAAUAAUUGACUGUGCUUAAAUUCUCUUUUUGGGUGAUCCAACCAGGGAAGUGAUGCAGUCAGAAAACAAAUACUCUACAUCAGCUCUUGUACCUCAUUCACAUCAGGGUUUUCAUCUGAUCUGCUUCUGAUAGUGGGUCUAAUUUCAGACUUGCUUUCGUAUUGGUGCCUUAAAAGUUACUAAAUUGAAUCUCCUUUAGUUAAACAAAAAGAGAAGAGAACUUAGGCUGCCUGGGGUAAUUCCAGAGUGUCUGGGGAACUCUGCCCAGAGUGUGAGGCUUACCUGGGAACUCCUCAGUGAGGGUGAUACUCAGUGAGUGUGAUCUGCUCCUGACUGCAAGGCUCCCCCGCCUGCCCUCCUCUCCAGGCCGGCCCCUGCCUGACCUGACGCUUGCAUCUGCUGCACUGAAGGGUGCCCCUCCCCUAGACAGUGUGCUGGAGUGGACCUGUUUACGUUUCCCAGCCCAUCUGAGUGUCACAUUAUUAUGUGACUGAAGUUAAAUUAGCCCAUGGCCUGGUGUUUGUUAUCAUAAAAAAUGGUAUAUACUUAAGAUAUCAGAUGAUUAAAACAGCAAACCCUGAAAUGCAUUUUUAAAUUUACCCUAGCUCUUGAGCAUUAGUGUCUUAUUAAAUUACAGAACCGCCAUUUUGCAAUUUUAAUAUAAAUAAAUGUGAACAAGUACAGUACAGGAAUGUGUUACCGUGUUAAAUAGCCUGAAACAACUUCAUGUAGAUAAAUAUUUCAGUGUAAGUUAACACAUACUGUCUUUGAUCAUAUUACAGUUUUGCAAAAUUUUUCAGUGAUAAAAAUGAGUAAUAACUUCUUGUCGACUAGAAAAUAGUUUUAAAACAUACUUCUGUUUUAUAGUCCUUCAUUUGAAUUAGGAAGAUUGAAAAAGAUUUUCAGAUUGAAAAUAAGAAAGAGAAUAUUUUCAGAUAUUCUUCUUUCAGGAAUGAUUUUAUUACAAAAUAAAACUGGGUUGCCAGUUGGUCCCUCUUAUAGAAGAGGUGAGGGUAUCAUUUGUGUCAGAAGGCUAUGAAUUUGUACCAUAAAGUUCACAUGCCUUCUAGUAAUAUUCCUACACUUUGACUCCAAAAUGUUUAAGCAAAAACUUACAUGACUCUAAGGAUGAACGUAUUAGUUCAGAAACUAAAUACACAUCUUUAAAUGAAUGUCUCAAUUUAUUUCUGUUAACCUCUAUCCUAAAUACUGUACAUAUGACAUUUAAAUUUUUCUGACAUCAGUCUGAUGAAGAACUCUGUCUAUUCCUUUUUUCUUCAUUGCUUUUCAGUUCUGUAAAGAGAAAUUGCAUCCCAUUUCUCUCCCAAGUAAUUUAUCUAAAAGUAACAUUAGAGUAUUAUUUAUGGUAACCAGUUAGAUUAAUGUAGUAAAAAAGCUAUUUUAUUUAGAAAAAAAGUAUUGAAAGAAACCCCAGCAACAUAAAUGUAUUUCUUUAUUCUAUUGUCUAGAAAUGUGGGUGGCUGGGAUGAAUGUUCUCAGUAUCCAGUAUAAUUUAGCUCACUCAUUUUAAAGCUUUGGGAUUGGAAAUGCAUGUUUAAGACUGAAAAAAAUUUAGAAUCAUCAUGGUAGUUUGACACUUCAGCCUAGAAUUGGAGUACUGGCUUUAUUUUCAGGGCACCUAGAAUUCUUCAUUGCUGAAGAUUUACUGAUUCCAAAAUACGCCUUUAAAACUCCCAGGAUGGAAUCAUUCAGGGGCUUCCCUCCAGGGCUGGGAGUGUAACACUGCUCCCUGGGAGUACUAGAAGGCUUACUUGAGGGCAAGUCCAAGUUCGUAGUAUUCUCUAUCUUUUGAAGCAGAGGGUGAAGAAAGAAAGAGAUGUUUAAAUUCUGGGAAGCCCCUUGACGCCUUCUAGACUGUGUGUCUCGCACAUAUGGUAUCUUUAAUAGUCCUUGGCCGCCACCCAGCCUAAUCCUGCCUGUACUGGUCUUUAGGCCACGUGCAGCAGUGCCUCUUACGGAGCCGUCGGGUUCCAGUUUAUAGAGGCCAAAGGAUGCCCUAGUAAAACAUGAUAGCAGAGAAGGCGGGAGGCUGAGGUGCAAGCAGACAAAUGAAGACCCAGGAAAUACAAACCUUGUUGCCGAAGAGCUAAGGGAACGGAAAGGUCGGAGAAAAUGCCUGAAUUGCAGCCUUCAAGGAGGACAAGUGUCCCAUAGGAAAGACAGCUGCUCAAAAAACAUGGUACUUUGCAUCCUUUGGACAGCUUUUCUUUAUAUGUAUAUUCUUAUGUUUGGUUAUUGUUAUUACAGAUUUUUAUUGAUACAUGUACUUAUUUUAUAGAUAACUAUGUUUGUGUGUAUAACUUUUAUAGAAACCUAUAAUACAGAUUUUUAUUACCAUAUAUUUCAUAAGGGAAUCAAAAGAAUUUUUAUUUUUUGAGAUUUUUAAUGGCUACAGAGUACCAUUACUUUAUGUAUCUUAACAGAAUGCAAACUUAGACAUUUAGAUAGCAUUUACUGAGAAUGCAUUCUAGGAACUCUCUAGAAUUAUUCAUUUUAUUUAUAGCAAAGAGGGGAUCAUUAUACUUCUAUAAGGAGCAAAAAGUUGAAACUCCUCAUUAAAGCCCUACAGAAAGUAUUCACCGUCCAAUUUGAAUAGUAUUACAGUUUAGGUAAAUCAUGAUAACUUGAAAUAAAUCAGCUGUCUACUAGCACUUUAAAAAUUCUUUGCUGAAAGAUACCCUAUAAAGCUACUAUACUUGGAUGUAGAUGGAAUAUUUAUAAGGGCCCUGGAGUAAGCACUCUUGUCUGGAGCCGUGACUGUGAUAGCUGCCCGGGCUCUUGCUGUGUUAGUGCUGGUCUUCCAGUCACAGACGCAGAUCCCCCGCCACGGUUUCUCAGGUCAUCUCCUCCGAUGGGUAGGACGGGGCUUCGUCUCUGCCCCCAGUGUCAGGCAGCUAGAGGAGCCUGCCCAGCUCCACAGGUGUUACGAGUACGAAGACUAUUUGAGGUGAGUUGGCAGUGAGAACAAAUUCUGGAAGCAGGAGAGAGAACUUCUCGGUGCCCACAGAAAGCUCUCUCAUUCCUCCUCCAAGAAAACAGGAGUCUGAGUUUUGGCCAGCAGAGUAGAUGAGUCUUAGGGACUGCUGCCGCCACGGUUGGCCUGAGAAGUGUUUCCACCAGGUGGGCUUUUCUGUAUUCAGCUGAAUGCAGGUUAAGAAGGAGGACACUGUUCAGAGUGGGUGGUAAGAAGCUCAGAAUGUGUCUGGUGUUUAAACAGAACGCUGAGCUGUACUGAAUCUAAUCAGAAUUAUAGAUAGGAGACACAUUCUAACUGAAUUCAAUUAAUUUUAAGAUAUUUUAGAGACUGUUCACUAGCUUAGAGAACCACAUUAAUGUUUUUAUUCCUGCUUACUAAACAUAAUUUAGGGAGCUGAGUUUAGGACUCGCUGAGGUAGAAGUGUGGUGAACGCACUCAGAUUUCACUUUACUUCGCUAGAACGUCCUGUCAGAGGUCACUCACCAUCCUGUCCCUCAGCCACUGGGGCCCUUAGUUGGCUUUCUGUUCGAUGCGCGGGGAUGUGGGCAUCGCUUCUUACCAUCCUGGCCAGUGCUGUCCAGUGCAGCUUGCUGUUGAGUCAGCCUCGCACUGGGAGGGAUAUUGAGGAACCAUAUCUUUAAUGUUCCCUAAUUGUUUAGUGUUUUAAAAGCUACCUGUGGUUAUGGGUCCAUCCUGACUCUAAAGAGAGUACAGUGACAGCAUAUUAAAAUAGUGAAGUUUGGAAUCACAGAUAUGUCCUGAGCUUUUCCCAUGAGCUUAUGUGAAUACAGUUUCCUAGGCAUCUGUGUAUAGUGGUAUAAUUUUAUUGAUUGGAUCAUUCCUCUUGUUUUUGACCAUAUAUUGUAAUCAAACUGUAGUAUCCUGGGUUGGGCCACUUAACAAAUAAUAUUUGACUCAGCAUAACUAUUUAAAGUUCUUAGAAUUAAUGCACCGGACUUCAGAUCUUAUCUCUGCUCCAAAGCGCAGGUUUGUGAAGCACCUAAGGAGUGUAUUGUGCCCUGCUCUGCCACAGUGCCAGGCCCCUCCAAGGGACGAAUUCCGUACUUGGACUUGAGUUGUGAGCUCCCUGUUUGAGGAGGAGGUGGCCUGAGGAAGUGCCUUUACAUGGAGGACCCUGUCCUGUCCAAGAGUUUGAUUCUAACCCAGUAUAUAUGACAUAAUGCCAGAGCAAACAUAGGUUGGAGAUUUAGAGAAAAAAAUAAGAAACAAAGAACACAAUGAGUGCAAUUAGCAUAGCCCAUUUAAAAUGAUGAGUUGCUAACCACAUUUGUCUGAAUAACAGUUUCUCUAACCCCUGAAUCAUUAUCCUGCAUCUUUAAUGCCGUCCGUUCAUAAACAUCAAAGCAAGAACACCAGAUUUGGAAGGGGUCAAGACUUCUGGGCCUCUGAGCGGAGAGACAGCUGAGUGAGAACCGUGUCCCUGUGCAUGGGUGGCCCUGCAGCUGUUGAUCUGCCCCGGGGCCACCAGACAGUCGCCUCCUUGCUCUCACAGAACCAGACUUCAAUCGUAGGUAAAGACACAUCCCUUCCCUUGGAAAGGACAUGACCGGUGGGUCGCUUGUCAGCUCUGGGAAUACCAGAGAGGCAGCCAACACAGGCUUGCUGCUUGUCAGUACUAUACUGAGCAGUAGCAGGCAUAGACUCAGAGCUGUUUCCACACCAUGAUGCUUGUCUUUGUACAGUAUCCUUGGGUUCUCUUACCUGUGUUUUAAAGCUCACAGUCCUAAAUAUUCAUCGUGGGUCGGUCUGUCUCCCCAAAUGGAAGCAGUGCUAUGAAUAUGUGGAUUCCCCGACACACAGCUGCCCUUUCUUGAGUUCUGGGAUUCUCAAAUGUACUGCUGAUCAAUAACAGAAAUCAGGUGUACAUUAGGCAUUUUAGGAACUAUCGAUAUUCAUUGUUAUAUGAAAUACAUUAUAAUUUUAGAAUCAGCUGAGUUCAGAAGUCAGCUUUAUUAGCUAUGUAUCCUGCCCCAAAUCUUGGAAACUUUUUGAAACCAGCAUAUGAAUUAGGUAUGACAACAUAUGGUUUCCAUGGGAAGGCUCAGAAUACAGUGGACUUUGUGGGGGGUCUCAGGAGAAAAAUGAUCACCAGGAAGACUGAUGAGAACACAUCAUUGAUGUGCUAACUGGACAUGUCAACGUUGUACUGGAUUUUACAUACCAAAAUGCGUUAGGUAAAUUUAAGAAUAUUAAAUUUAAGCAACAUAUUGCUGUUGAAAAAUAUGGUAUUUGAUAGUUUGAAAAGAUGGGUUUCAUGCUGAAUAAAAUAAUUUUGACAUGCUUUUGGCUUCUUUUUUGUUUGUUCUGGAACCCAAGUUCUGAAUGUUUAAUAGAGCAUUAUCAGGAUUUAGGAGAAAAAUGCAUUAGGUGGCUGUAUUGAAAGACUGCUAGAAUCCUAACUCUGUUUAAGUUUUACUAACUACCCUGCAGGAACAUUAAACAUGGAAAAAGUGACUCACUUCUCAUGAUCAGCUUUCUCUCAGUGCUUCUUAAUAAAAUUUAUUUUAAAGUACGAA